GGAGAUGAAGUUCAGGUUCCGCUCUCAGCUGUUGUGCCCUGACACUGACCGCGAGGGAGUAUCCCAUCAGGGAAGUGCGAACCGCCGGCCUGGAUGUCCCGGGGCGGAGUGCAGACUGCUGGGCUGCUGAGCUGUGAGCCCGGCUUGGAAAACCUGAUCACCGGGGCUCCUCCUCUCAGGACAUUUGAAUUCGCUAUUAAAGUUAUUGCUGUGCAAAAGAUCAGAAGAGAACGCUCCUGCGUGAGCAGCCGACACUGCUUAGUCCUGUUACCAUCAAGCGAUUGGGGAACUGGGACGAUGGUGAGAUCGGCCUUCUGGAGCAGUGGGUUCUAGUGUCAGCCCAUUCUCCUGAGGGCUCUGACUCCUGGGCGAAUGUACUACUCCAAGAAGUUUCAUUGAAUUGGUUUCGUUCAACUGAAGAAACAGAGCCUAUCGGGGAACGAGCUUCAACCUUCUGAUUAAAUGACUUCUGUGCCAGUGAUAGCGGAGUCCUACAGCCAUGUCCUGGCAGAGUUUGAGUCUUUGGAUCCAUUACUUUCAGCCCUGAGGCUAGACUCCAGUCGCCUAAGGUGCACGAGUAUAGCCGUGUCUCGGAAGUGGCUGGCUUUGGGCAGUUCUGGAGGAGGACUCCAUCUUAUUCAGAGAGAAGGUUGGAAACACAGGCUGCUGCUUUCACAUAAGGAAGGUGCAAUUUCUCAGGUUGCCUGUUGUUUACAUGAUGAUGAUUAUGUUGCUGUGGCCACCAGUCAAGGCCUUGUAGUUGUUUGGGAGUUAAAUCAAGAGCGUCGCGGGAAACCAGAACGCAUUUAUGUGUCUUCAGAACACAAGGGCCGGAAAGUUACAGCGCUCUGUUGGGACACAGCUCUUCUUAGAGUGUUUAUAGGUGAUCACGUGGGGAAAGUUUCUGCCAUCAAACUCAACACUUCUAAGCAAGGAAAGGGAGCUGCUUCCUUUGUGAUAUUUCCUGUUCAGACAAUAACAACAGUAGACUCCAGUGUUGUCCAGUUAGAUUAUUUGGAUGGAAGACUACUUAUAUCUUCACUUACUCGAUCCUUCUUAUGUGACACUGAGAGAGAAAAGUUUUGGAAAAUUGGAAACAAGGAAAGAGAUGGAGAAUUUGGAGCCUGUUUCUUUCCUGGAAGAUGUUCCGGAAGCCAGCAACCUCUGAUCUAUUGCGCACGCCCUGGCUCCAGGAUGUGGGAAGUGAACUUCGAUGGGGAAGUGAUAAGCACACAUCAGUUCAAGAAACUGCUCUCAUUGCCACCCCUCCCUGUGAUCUCACUCAGAUCAGAACCUCAGUAUGAUCACACACUUGGCUCCUCCCAGUCUUUGUCUUUCCCCAGACUCUUGCAUCUUAGUGAGCAUUGUGUGCUGACCUGGACAGAAAGAGGAAUUUAUAUUUUCGUUCCUCAGAAUGUUCAAGUUCUUCUUUGGAGUGAAGUCAGAGAUAUUCAAGAUGUGGCUGUCUGCAAGAAUGAGCUGUUCUGUUUACAUCUCAAUGGGAGAGUCUCCCAUCUCUCACUCUUGUCUGUGGAGCGCUGUGUGGAACGGCUGCUGCGGAGAGGCUUAUGGAACCUGGCUGCUCGCACGUGCUGUCUUUUCCAAAAUUCUAUCAUUGCCAGCAGGACAAGAAAAAGUUUGACGAUAGACAAAUUAGAGCAUUUGAAAUCUCAGCUGGACCUUGCAUCCUGUAGUGAUCUGAUUUCUCAGCUGGAAGAAUUAAUCCUAAGAAUUGAACCUUUGGAUUCUGCUUGCAGCAGUCGAAGAAGUUCCAUUUCAUCACAUGAAAGUUUCAGCAUAUUGGACUCUGGUAUUUAUCGUGUCAUUAGCAGUAGAAGAGGCAGUCAGUCAGAUGAAGACUCCUGCUCCCUUCACAGCCAAACCCUGUCAGAAGAUGAGAGACUUAAAGAAUUCACCUCACCUCAGGAGGAGGAGCGGCCAGACCUGUACAGUGGCUCACAGGGACACGAAGACAAUGUUUUUCAUGUUCCAGUGAUGUUUGAUACAGAUAAGAAUGAAACUUUUCUCCCCUUCGGCAUUCCAUUAUCAUUUCGUUCUCCAUCUCCUCUUGUGUCUCUUCAGGCUGUCAAAGAAAGCGUUUCUACGUUUGUGCGUAAAACUACUGAGAAGAUUGGUACCCUUCACACCAGCCCUGACCUGAAAGUGAGACCUGAACCCAGGGCUGAGGAGCAGUCAUGUGAAGAGGAUGUGAGUUCUGUUUCCUGUCCAAAGGAAGAAGACACUGAGAAAGAAAAAGAGAUACCUAGUCAGCCUCCUGAAGAAGACAUGUUCCACGAGCUUAAAGCAGCCACAGCAGCAGCCAUGACCCAGCUACAGGACCCCCUGGUUUUGUUUGAGCCCAGAUCUCUGGGAGUGGUUUUACAGGAGUGGCUUUCAAAGUUAGAAAACACAUUUGCCACGAAGGACUUCUCGGGUGUUGCAGAUGCUGGCAACUCAUCCAUGACAUUGAACCAGGAUGUGCCACUGCCUACUGAGUCAGAAAAGGGAGUGCUGGACGAAGAUAAUGCAGAAGAACAAGGGGACUCUUUAGGUCAUGAAGAAACGGCUGCUCAGGUGGAAUGUGAGCCUGUGCAUCAUCUGCAGGAGCCACAGGAUGGCUUGUUCCAAGUGCACACUCCCUGCUCCAUACCCCACACUCUUCAGAAAGACCUGGCUGAGUUGACAACAUUGUGUUUGGAACUGAAUGUACUGAAUUCCAAGCUCCGAAGCCCAGGUGGGCCUGAGGAUCAUAACCUGUGGCAGUGCUCUCCUGAACAUUCUCUGGCUUGUCACUUCCUGAAGAAGUAUUUUUUUCUCUUGGACUUGAAAAGAGCAAAGGAGAGCAUCAAGCUUAGUUAUGCCAGCACCCCUUGUGUUUGGGAUACUUUUAUUACAGGACUGAAAGAAAUGGCAAGUUCCAAUCCGACAUAUGUAGGGAUGGAAGAAGGAGAUCUCCCAACAAGACUGAAGUUAUUAGAUGACUCAGUUCCUUGUGAUAGUCCUCUGUUGGUGGCCUAUGCUUCCCGGUUGUAUGAGAAGUUUGGGGAAUCUGCUCUUCGAUCAUUGAUCAGGUUUUACCCAUCCAUCUUGCCUUCGGAUAUCAUGCAGCUGUGUCACCACAGUCCAACUCAGUUUUUGGCCUAUCUAGACAGCCUGGUGAAAUCACGGCCUGAGGAUCAGCGGUCAUUCUUCCUUGAGUCCCUUCUACAACCAGAGUCUUUAAGACUGGAUUGGCUGCUUUUGGCUCUAUCCCAUAAUGCUCCACCAAGCACAAGCACCAUGGAUGAUGAAGGCUAUCCCAGGCCUCAUUCACACUUGUUUUCCUGGGGUUACAGUCAGCUAAUACUUCUUCUAAUUAAACUUCCUGCAGAUUUUGCAACCAAAGAGAAAAUGACUGACAUUUGUAGGACUUGUGGUUUCUGGCCUGGCUAUCUUACUCUCUGUUUGGAGCUGGAGAGAAGACGGGAGGCCUUCAUCAACAUCGUGCAUCUGAAUGAUAUGAGCCUGAUGGAAGGGGACAAUGGUUGGAUCCCGGAGACUGUGGAGGAGUGGAAGCUGCUUCUCCACCUCAUACAGAACAAGGGCACGAGGCCAGCCCCCGAGGAGUCACUCCAUGGGAGUCUCAGCGACGGGCCUUCCCCCAUCACUGUGGAGAAUGUGGCACUCCUGUUAGCCAAGGCUGUGGGCCCAGAUCGGGCCUGGGCGCUGCUGCAGGAAUGCGGGCUGGCCCUUGAGUUGUCGGAAAAGUUUACCAGGACUUGUGAUAUUCUGAGGAUUGCUGAGAAAAGACAGAGAGCCUUGAUACAAAGCAUGCUUGAGAAAUGCGAUCGGUUUCUCUGGUCUCAGCAGGCCUAGCGGAAGACGCUCUUACAGGAUUUCCUGACGUUUCGAGUGAAAUGGAACUGUGCUCCUACACCCUCUGGAUGUGUUUGUUUCUGAAGGAAACCCCUGCCAUCUUGUUAGGGCUCCCUUUGUCAGUGUCUAUAACCUUGCCCUUUGUCACUGUGACCUCAGCAUGAAUCAGCCAAAGUUGGAUUGUGCAAGGAGUCAAUCCUCAUUUGCUGGAACCAGAGCAUGACAGCUUGUAAUUUAUCCUGAACUGCAGUAUUAUUUUCUGUCACUCAUGGUUUGGGGGCAUUCUUGUCCCAUUGUACCCCUGUAUUACUCGUGUGAAGGCAGGUGAUGCUGUUGACUGGAGUUUAAUUCCAUUUAUAUCUUGUCUGGGACCACAUAGAAAUUACUAAAAUAGGACAUGAUGUGAUGGAGUUAACGUGUAAGCUUGGGAAGCACUGAUGUUUCACGUUAUAUUUAAAUAACAUGGCCAUAUCGAAAUUGAACUAAUUGACUCUUUUCCCCUAGUAUUUACUUGACUUUUUCUGAUCUAAGGCGAUACAAAACUGACUGAUUAA